AUGAACGCUUCCAUAGUCGUUUCCGGAAACUUCAAUCCCAAGUCUGAACUACCUCACUUCACCACAACAAGCUUUCCUGCAAACCAACCGUCUACCAGCAAAUCCAAAAACAAAACCCACCAACACACCUUCAACAUGCCUUUCUUCUACUCCAAGCCCAUCGGCGGCAAGAACUUCGGCACGAGCGUCCACGCAGACCGCCACGGCAUCCGCCGCGGACCUUGGCGCUUCCGCAUCGGUCGCUUCAACUGCUUCAGGUAG